GGCAUCCUACGCGGCUGCGGCGGCUUGCCCGGGCACUGCCCAAUCCCUCCUGGCCGCUUAGGGGCAGCCCCGGAGCCCCCUGCUCGCCCCCCCACCCCCGCCAAGGAAUCAGCCGCUGGACUGUUUCUGCACUCCUGUAAACAUGGCUGAGGCUCAGGCAGGCUCUGGGAAGGUGACCCUGUUCCGCCAAGAAGGUCCCGGAGGCCUUACCUACCGCAUCCCGGCCUUACUGUACCUGCCCCGUGAGUCUGUCUUCCUGGCUUUUGCAGAGAAGCGGUCGUCGUUCAAGGAUGAAGAUGCCGAAUUCCUGGUGAUGAGACGAGGCCGUAAAGAGGGGACGACUGUCCAGUGGGAUCCUCCAGAGGCCCUGACGGCUGCCAUUUUGUCCGGCCAUCGCACCAUGAACCCUUGCCCUGUGUACGAGAAGAAGAGCGGCACGGUUUUCCUGUUCUUUAUCUGCGUCCGGACACACGUCACGGAAUGGCAGCAGAUCAAGUCGGGGCGGAACGCUGCCAGGCUGAGCUACGUCUCCAGCCAAGAUGGCGGACGCACCUGGAGCCAGUUGACUGAUUUGACCGACCAGGUGAUAGGGGAGGACUUGAAAAAUUGGGCUACUUUUGCCGUCGGUCCCGGCCACGGGUUGCAGACGAGCGGUGGACGCUUGGUGAUUCCCGCUUACACCUAUUACAUCCACAAACGUUGCUUUGGCCAUUCGCUGCGGUGCUGGACCAAGCCGCAUUGCUUCAUUUUCUACAGCGAUGACCUUGGGCAGACAUGGGUCCAGGGGCAACUCCUCAAGAAUUUGAGGACAACAGAGUGCCAAGUUGCAGAAGUGUCCUCCCAGGGCAGGCCUCAAGUCCUGUAUUGCAGCGCCCGCAGUCCAGACAAGAACCGCGCCGAGGCCUUCAGCGUAGACCACGGAGACAGAUUUGAGGAGUAUUUCCUGUGCAAAGAACUGUGUGAGCCGCCCCAUGGUUGCCAGGGCAGCGUGGUAAGCUUCAUCCCACCUCUGCAAUCGUUGGGACUGGAUCAAACAAAACACACAGGUGAAUCAACUCACCUGUUGGGCCUUCGUUUCGCCUCAGCCUCCGUUGAGAACUCCACGUCGUGGCUUGUGUUCUCCCACCCCACAAACAGGUGCAAGCGGAAAAAUCUGGGCAUCUACCUCAACACCUCUCCGCUCGACAAGGGCUGUUGGAAGUCUCCCUGGACGCUGUACGAAGGGCCCUGUGGCUACUCGGACUUGGCCGUCUGCGACGAGGGCCGGCCGCUUCUCUUUGGUUGCUUGUUUGAGUGCGGGGUGUCCCGUGAAUGUGAGGAGAUCGCCUUCCAACUCUUCACUGGUGCUGAGCUCCUGAGGAACGUGGCGGAAGAGUGUCCUUGCGCUCCUUCUUCCUCAGAAGAGCGGCCGCUCUAAAGACAAGACACGGAUUUGGACCGAGAACCUCAUUUGCCUUUCCUGCCCAACUUGGCUUAGCCAUUGGCUUGAAGGAACUCUGAGGGGAAGACUUCACAAAAUGGCCGCCACUCCGCAAACAGGUCUGGUUCUCUACAGUUUGAGAAGUCUUCUUCAGUAGAGCAGCCGCUCUAAAGACAAGACAUGGAUUUGGACAGAGAGCCUCAUUUGCCUUUCCUGCCCAGCUUGGCUUAGCCAUUGGCUUGAAGGAACUCUGAGGGGAAGACUUCACAAAAUGGCCGCCACUCCGCUCGCAGACCCUCCCAUCUACAGCACAGAGAAUUUGUCACUUCCGCAUCCAGGGAGGUCUGGUUCCCUACAGUUUGAGAAGUCUUCCUCAGAAGAGCAGCCUCUCUAAAGACAAGACACGGAUUUGGACAGAGAACCUAAUUCGCCUUUCCUGCCCAGCUUGGUUUAGCCAUUGGCUUGAAGGAACUCUGAGGGGAAGACUUCACAAAAUGGCUGCCACUCCGCAAACAGGCCCUCCCAUCUACCUCCCUAUAAACAGCACAGAUAAUUUGUCACUUCCGCAUCCAGGGAGGUCUGGUUCCCUACAGUUUGAGAAGUCUUCCUCAGAAGAGCAGCCGCUCUAAAGACAAGACACGGAUUUGGACAGAGAACCUCAUUUGCCUUUCCUGCCCAGCUUGGCUUAGCUAUUGGCUUGAAGGAACUCUGAGGGGAAGACUUCACAAAAUGGCCGCCACUCCGCUAGCAGACCCUCCCAUCUACCUCUCUAUAAACAGCACAGAGAAUUUGUCACUUCCGCAUCCAGGGAGGUCUGGUUUAUCAUGGUUGUUUACCUCAGGCUUUCUUAGUCUGGCAGCUCAUAUGGACCACAUUAGAGGGGUUGACUUGA